GAGAACUCUUUGCUGGUACAGUUAAUUUAGCUCACUGAAAGCUGCAACACCUUGCACACAGAACUGCCAGAACUCUGUUGCAAACAUGCUGAUUCUUUACGCCGUCGUCGUGUCACUGUCCAUGGUGUCCGCGAGCCGAGUCUCGCGCAGCUGUGGUACCUGCGAACUCACAGUCUGCGAGCCGCUGCCCGUCGACGGAUGUGCGACGGGUUCGGCGCUCGACUCCUGCGGUUGCUGCGUCGUCUGCAACGCCGCAGCGGGCGAGCAGUGCGGCGGGCGCGGAGCCGCUGCCAGGCGCUGCGCGUCGGGGCUGGAGUGCGUCAAGUCCGACAAGGACAAGAAGAGCAAAGCAGGCGUGUGCGCCUGUAAAGCCAACUACGAGGUGUGCGGCAAUGACGGGGUGUCCUACCAGACGGGAUGCGACCUGAAAGCCGCCAGCAGCAAAGCCGUCGCGGCGAAGCAGGAGGCGAUCAUUGUGCAGAACAAGGGAAGAUGUGCAACAGCACCGGUGAUCGUGACGGCCCCAGGGGACGUGUACAACGUUUCGGGCUCCCAGGUAUAUCUGAGCUGCGAGGCCAUCGGCAUCCCAACCCCGGUCGUCACCUGGAAGAAGCUGGUCAGCGGUAAAGGGAGGAUGGAGCUUCUUCCUGGGGACAAGGACAACCUGGCCAUCCAGACCCGCGGAGGACCAGAGAAACACGAGGUCACUGGCUGGGUGCUGAUCUCUCCACUCAGUGUGGACGAGGCUGGGUCUUAUGAGUGUCACGCUGCCAACACCAAGGGCGAGGCUUCGGCUGUGGCCACCAUCCACGUCGUGGACUCCCUGGACGACAUCCCCAUCAAGAAAGUGAACAAGGACGAAGAGCUGUAAGUGGAGAACAGCGAAUUAAACCAAUCAUUAAUUCUUUGAAUAAACAGACAAACCUGAUGCUUAUAAAUCCGCUAGUGAAGCAAGCUCUCCAGAACUGAAACACGAAAAUCCUCCCCUUGUGAAAUCAAAGUUGGCUCUCAUCGUCUAUUGAAACCUAUGCUUUAUGACCACUGUUCUCUUCAUCUCACGGAAGUUCUUGUGUUUAGAAAUGUAGAACAAAGCCAUAUCAUCAUACAGGCAAUGCUCAUUGGUGUUAUGUUGUAACUAGGCAAAGCCUUCGGGCAAGAUAUGUGGAAAGACGCUCCCAGUCACCCCCCCUCCCCCAACACACACACACACACACACACACAGACACACCACAUUAAAACCAUUUCUAUAUUAUGAA